GACUGGAGGAGAUAGAGAACAUUUUGAGGUCCGAGAAGAAACGAAAGUGUGCUCUUAAAAUCAUCGAAACUGGUGCAAACUUGGCCAAAGCGUAUUAUAAACACCGUCGUGAUGGCAAGGAAGAAAAGCAAGCAGCAGGGGAUCGCCCAGAAGGAGCUUGUGCCUGGACAGCAGACCGUACCGAAGAGCCCAGUCUCUCCCGGCGAUGCAGCUGGCGGUGGCGGCGGAGAUGCUGGGCUGGAUAGGCUGGCCGCCACCAGGGCGAAUCAGCCCAUGCACACAUGCUGCCUUCUGUGCCAUCGUGAAUUUAAGGACUGGGGAGCAAGCUCUGUGAACGGACUUCCUGGGGGCCAUGGGACGAAGCUGGCCGACGCCGUGCCUGCGCUCUCCCAGGCCUUAUUGCGGGAGGCGCCAGGGCGUAAGCUUGCUGACGCGGUGCCCUCGCUGUCUCAGUCCCUGCUGGGAGAGGUGCCUCUGUGGAUCUGUCAGAGCUGCUGCAAGAGUGUGGAAGAGGAGGAGAGGCGGAGCACACAGGAGCAGCCAACACCGGUGCCAUUGUCACACUCUUCCUCCUGUAAGUCUCAGAGCUGUGGGAACGGUUACCCGGAGCAAAGUACUGUGGAUUGGGACCCGAGUUCCUUCCUGUCAGCCCACAAACUGUCAGGUCUCUGGAACUCGGCCCACACCAACGGAGGGGAACACUGCAACCACAACACUUCGUCGCACUCACAACAAGGUGUAACAGCAGGAUCAGUCUGUCAUGAGAAAAGAGGACUUCAUGAAGCGCCUGGGAAAUCUGCUAAAACGUCAGGGACCAAAGUGUGUCCCUACAGUCACCCGUCAUCCCAGAAUUCCAGUGGAUCUUCUGCUGGGAACCCUCUGUCUACCUCAGCAGACCUUUGUAAGACCACUCCCAAGCACUUCAAGACCGUGUGCCGUCGACCAACGCCGCCAGGUGAAGCCUUCCAUCCCAGUGACCACCAUCAACACACAGACUUGUCGGUACCCCCUAACAGUCCCACCGGCCUGUCGUCCCAGCAUUCCUCUCUCCUCCCUCCAAAGCCGAACUCUGGGCAGCAUGGCCAUGUAACCUCCUCCUGUGGCACUGGUGUGGCCGCCCACGCUCCCUUCUCCCCGCUGGUACCAAACCUCCACGGCCCUACAGCCAAACUCAAUUCUCCCAGUCCAGAUAGCCCAACAUCUGUCCACAAGCCCAGUCCAUGCAAAAACUCCCACAUUCCCGCUGUGAACACACAACACAGCAAACUGGGCACAUCUAUAAUGGGCUGUAACCACUCGUGUAAUGGACACAGUCCGGGAACAGUGGCCAACUCCAAUGUAGGCCACUUAACAGCUGGGGCCUGCAGGGAUCAAGCGUGUAAGGGGCACAAAGUGACGAAUGGGACAUUGUGCCACCCUUCGUCUGAGCUGGAGGAGGGAGAGGAUGAGGACAGCAGCUCUGAGAGGAGCUCCUGUGCCUCCUCUUCCACCAACCAGAAGGAUGGGAAGUACUGCGAUUGCUGCUACUGCGAGUUCUUUGGACACAAUGCGCCUCCAGCUGCACCGACUAGCCGAAACUACGCUGAGAUCCGAGAGAAACUUCGCUCGCGCCUGACCCGGCGUAAAGAAGAGCUGCCUCAGCGUCAGGAUUCAGAACUGACAGUGGCCGGUGCCAUUGACAACCGGGACGUGGACGAGCUGCUAGACUUCAUAAACAGUUCUGAGCCCAAACCUGUCAACAGUGCCAAGGCUGCCAAAAGGGCUCGACACAAACAGAAGAAGAAGGAAAAAGCUCAACAGGGCACCUUGGGCGCUGCAGGCAGUGACCCCCACUCCAGCUCAUCUGAGCCUGUGGACGAGCCCAUCCAAGACGGUUCAGAAGCCAGUCGGUUGCUGGACUGGCCUCAGCUGGAACUCGAACGCGUGAACAGUUUUCUCACAAGUCGGCUAGAAGAGAUUAAAAACACCAUCAAAGACUCAAUCCGGGCCUCAUUUAGCAUGUACGACCUCAAUCUGGAUGUCAAUGACUUCCCAAAGAAGGCAGCCACGUUGGAGGGAAAUCAUUUACUGUCCCAUCUCAACGGUUCCUCUGACUUGCAGCAGAUAGACCUUGACCUCUCUCCUCUUUCACUGGGAACCUUUAAAAGCCACCUGGACCUGGUUAACGGAUGGGAAGAUACGACCGUCGUCUCGUCUCCAAACACCACCACCACUGCGUCAGCAGUAAGUGCUGCUUCAAAGGACAUCCAGCGGUUGCACACUACCCCCAGUCUCUCAAAGCUUAUAAGAGUUCGUUCCCCAGAAAGAUGCACUUCCGCCGGGUCUGACCAUUUGCCACAGGUGCCAGCCCAAGCAACGGCUAAAUCGAAAGAGGACACCCCCGAUCCCAAGAACGCGACAGUCGGGAACGGCGGUGCAAAGUCAAAAAAGAAUAAAAAGCAGCAGCAAAAACAGGAGCAGUCUGUGUCGGAGCAGAAUUCCAACAAAACAACCAAAGCUGCCUCUGGGAAUGAAGCACAGAAAGUCAGCGAGCCUAAAGAAAUGGCAGCUAACGGCUCAAAGUCUGGAAACAAACCCCCUCAGCACUCUGUGGACAGCCAGCGAAAUGGGCCUAAGAAAGCUGAGGAGAGCAGAUCAUCCAAACAUGCAACAAAUGGAGCAAAUGGUGGCCCCUUAAGUGCACAAAGGGGGAAAGGUGACUGUGACACACGAGGAGGUCGGUCGGAGCAGGAAUCAGAAAGCAAAGCUCACCCCACCAUUCCAGCAAACGGGCAGCAACAGCAGCAAUCCAAGGGGAAAAACAAGAAGAACAAGAACAAGGGUGAAAAAUCCAGCAGUGCUCUUGAUGAUGUAUUUCUCCCUAAAGACGUGGAUCCAACAGAAAUGGAUGAGAUUGAUCGGGAAGUGGAAUACUUCAAAAGGUUUUGCCUCGAUUCUGCGAAACAAACGCGCCAGAAGGUAGCAGUGAAUUGGUCCAACUUCAGCCUCAAAAAGGUUCCUUCCAAUGCAGCUCAAUAACUUGGACGAGUGCCAGAGAAAAAAACUUCACACCACAAACUCUUUCAGUAGAGCCCCAUUUGGCCUGAGGCCUUCUCUCAUUCCCAGUUUUCUUCUCUUCCUUACUAAGCCAAGGGACCCUGGUUCAAAACAUACUCUCCAUUCAGAAGACUGAAACAUAACUUGUGGCUAACAAGCCAGGGAUCAUUCUCAAGGCCAACUCUACCCUUUGCUAUUAUUGCAAUGUUCACUAAAUGAGAGAUGCAAAAAUGGAAAACAGUCUGUUGAAUCAACUGCAGCCAUGUGCUUACGUAUGUAGUAUGUAAACAAUUACCUUACAUGAAAUAAAUGUUUUUAUCACAAAUCUGAGACAUUUAACGUUGAAUUCCAAUCAAUUCAAUUUGGUGCUCAUCAUCUCUUAUAUUCUUUCUGACCCACCAAACCGGUCUCACUAGACGCUGCUGAGACUUCCACUGUAUGCACUGAACGAGCACAAGACAAUAUUUUGACCUAUUUAAAGAAAAAACAUGCGAGUCCUCUUCUGCAGGGAGCAAUGGUGACAACGAUUACAUUGAUUUUACUCCCAAGUGGCCCGUAGUGCAGCUGGUGGUGGUUCAUGGUUUUGAAUUGGAAUAUUUGUCUCAAAUUCCAUGGUGAUCAACAAAUUAUUUAGGAAUCUAUGAGUUUUUUUUAAAAAAGAAAAGGAAAGAAGAAAUGGCUUCACCUAUCUGCUGUAUGUUGUGGACUUAUAUUUUUAAAAAAACAAAACGUGAAUGUUUGACAGUACAUUAUACGCUGAUAACACACAGUAAUAGAGCACUUUUCCCCACAGGAUGCAUCUUAAAAAACAAUCAAGUAUCCCCUGCAAAGAUGUCCCCAUGCAUGAUGUGUGGGUCAGAAAAUCUAAACACUGUCCCCUUACUAUAUUGGGAAAUGUGUCUGUUUCUUCAGUGUCGAACCUCCUUUGGUGUUAGUCUUGAGCAAUUAUCUCUUAUAGUGAUACCCAGUAUACACUCUUGCCAUCUGUAGAAGAAAGUCCUUUACCACAAUUUUCUCACUCUUUAGCUCUUAUUUUAAUCCGUACGUCCCAGCAGUGACAGUUACACCAGUGUGCAAUGUUCAUUUUGUCGUUGGAACGAUGACACCUUGUUUUGACGCAGUUACUUUCAAUGCUUGUACAUACUGAGUGAAUAUUUUUGGCCCUUUUGAGCCUUUGUCAUGCGUUUCUGAGGGUUGCGUGUGUGUGUGUGAGGUACAUUUUCAACCAUACUACUCCUUUUCCCUGUACUGUGACCUUGGUGGCACCCCCCACCUCAGCUAACUUAUCUGAAGCCUAAGUCUUGAUUGUCUUUUGAUGACAAAUAUCCCAGAAGAGACCUUUGGGACACGGGCCUUGGGUUUUUUACACCAGUAUCAAUGUUUUAGCUGAUGGCUUUCAUUGAAAUGGAUGAUUUUUUUUCCUGAAUCUGUGCUGAGAUUUUGUUUUAAUAUAACAUCUCUGAUGCUUUCCAGGUUAUAUUCAGUUAGAGAAGAUUAUCUUAAUGUUUCGAAUGUAGAUUUAUACUAUACCAAUAAUAGCCAAGUGUAUGUUGGCUUGUUUCUUUUUUUUAAUUCACUUUUGAUACUGUGAAAAAAUCUUUCGUUCGGAAAGAUUAAAAACAAUACAGUUUUGACAAAAAA